AUGUCCGACCGAGAAUUUAAUUGCCGUUUGACUCCAGCUAACGACGACCUGUCGCUGCCUAAGGCAACGGUUCAGAAGAUUAUUACUGAGAUCCUACCUCCUUCCUCCGGUCAGACAUUUUCUAAAGAUGCGCGUGAUCUACUCAUGGAAUGCUGCGUCGAAUUUAUCACCUUGAUAUCCUCCGAAGCGAACGAUAUCAGCGAGAAGGAAGCCAAGAAGACCAUUGCAUGUGAACAUGUGGAGAAGGCAUUGCGCGAACUUGGAUUCAGUGAUUAUAUCUCAGAUGUACUUGCUGUUGCGGAGGAGCAUAAGGAACAACUAAAGUCACGGGAAAAGAAACAAAGCAAGAUGGAGCAGAGUGGAUUGUCAGAGGAAGAGCUUCUACGCCAACAGCAGGAACUCUUUCGGUCUGCGACGGAGAAAUACAAUCAGGCGGAGUAA